AUGUGGCGCGAUAACCCCCGCACGCCCACCGCACCUCACUACCGCUGCCGCUUCCAUCAACGCCGCCGCCGCCGCUACCCACCUACAACGCCCGCGCCCACUAACCGCUACCAUCGCCACCGCUACCAUUUCCUCUGCUACCAACCACACCGCCAUUACACACACUGCCUCGUCCACUCCCGCUACCAUAGCCACCCCUACCACCCACACUGCUACACGACCCGCCGCUACCACAGAUACCCACGCUGCCUCAUCCAAAACCGCUACACCCACACCGCCGCACCCACCAGCCGCUACCACGCCACCGCUACCAUCUUUACCCUCACCACGCUACCACAGCUACCACGCCACCGCUACCAUCCUAGCCCUCACUACCGCUACCACCCGCCACUGAUACGACCGCUACACCGCUACCACAGCCACCGUACCAUCCUUUACCCUCACUACCGCUACCACCGCCACUGA